GUCAUUAGAUCAAGCCUCUCUGCUCUAGGGCUCUUUGGAGGUGAGGAUUUCUUUAGCAUAUUUCCCUUUACUUACCUUGAAUCUAAUUUACAAAGCUAACAAAUGUACUAGUUUAGUAGAAUCUUUCAUUUUGCUUUCUAUAUGUAUAUACAAAACAUACGUCAAUUUGUCAAAAACUAUCUUAUAAAUUGGGAUUUUAUGAGAAACUACCUUAUAAGAAAUAUUCAAUUAACUAAAAGUAAAAAAAAAUGUAAAUACUACCUUUGUCCAAAUUAUAAACGGUGGCUCAAAAUUCUGGGGUUGACUUUAUAAUUCGUCAAAAGACAAUAUCUUAAAACAUAAACUCUUUAAAGGUAGUUAUUUACAACAUUCUUUUAUAAGGUAAUAUCACGAACUGUAAACUAAUCAAUUUACGAUACCUUUUAGUAAAACGCGAGUAGGUUAUCGUUCUCCUUGCAAGUCAUUAAGGGAUGGAAUCAGAUCGAUGUCAAAUAGAUCUUUAAGUCUCAUAAAGUAUGCUUCUUCAAAUUGGAAACCAUAUAUAAAGUAUUAGCAGAAGCAUACUCGUUACACUCUGAUACAUAACAUGAACAUGAUACAUCAUCAUCAUCAUGUCUAUUUAAAGCUCCCUUUAUUCUUUUGUUAUUCCUAAUUUGUUCUUUUCUUCCUGUCUACUGUAUCUCUGUACUUCCCUAGCUAAACCAGUUUUCCUACUCAAACCAGAUAGUUAGCUUCUUUUACACUCCAAACAAAUUAUUCAAUGGCUUCUCAUGGCUAUCCUCGUCGAAUCUUCAUCUUCUUUCUUCUUCUCCUUCACACAUUCCUCUUUCAAUACAACUCUUCUUCAUGUUACGCACAAAUUGCUGAACUGAAUGAUCAGAAGGUUGAUUUAACUUUGUAUUACGAGACGCUUUGCCCGUAUUGUUCAUACUUUAUUGCUCAUGAUUUGGUAAGACUCUUCACUACUGGCCUCAUUUCUAUAGUCAAUCUUAGGUUGGUUCCUUGGGGCAAUGCAGAUGUUGAACCUUCUGGCUAUUUCCAAUGUCAGCAUGGAUCAGGAGAGUGCUUGUUGAACACUGUCGAAGCUUGUGCAGUUGACGCUUAUCCUGAUACUUACAAACACUAUUUCAUGAUUCAAUGCAUUGAGAGUUUGGCCUAUCAAAACAGAGAAGCAGAGUGGCAAAGUUGCUUUGAUCAAGUAUCACUUGACUCCAAGCCUAUUUUCGACUGCUACAAUCAGGGAAAUGGUCGAAGGCUUGAGUUACAAUAUGCAUAUGAAACUAGUCAGCUAAACCCACCUCACGCGUAUGUGCCAUGGGUGCUUGUCAACAAUCAGCCACUCCGCCAGGACUACCAAAACUUCAUUGCGUACAUCUGCAGAGAGUACAGAGGGUCAUCAGUUCCUGCAGCUUGUAGUUCAGCUGAGUUCAUGAUCAACUCAUUUGGAAACGACGCAACAGAUGCAUUUCAGCAGAUGUGCUACGUAGGAGGCAACCAGAACUUGACCUCUUUUGUGCCAACUGAAAUUCUACAGCAAAAUAGUCAAGUGUUCAGCUGAAAGAGCCAAACUAAAGCACUAAAAUUCAACAGUUUUUAUCUUUCACAAGGCAAAAGGCGUUUAAGGCUUGGCCUAAUAGUCAUCUUAGCUUGUAAACACGUUCUAUUUCCCAUAUGUUAGCUGUUGUUUAAAACAUCAGAUAAUAUAACAAGGACAACUGUGAGUUCUUUAGCAAAUUGCAAUGAAAUACAUUUUUUUGUUUUUGGGUUCA